AAAAAAAGAACACAGCCGUGAUCUUGUAACAAUUUAAGCAUGCGCAUGUAUCUGGGCUUUGCUUCCGAUACAUCUUGGUGUCCCUUCGUAGUUGACUCCUACAGAGUACGACGAUUGCGAGAUGCCCUACCUUCAUACGGGCCAUCAGCUCCCAUCUCCUGAUCCCAACCAUCUCCCCUCCCAUGACCCGGAUCCAGUGGCCCCUGAAGUGACCCUUGAUUACGAUAUAUUAUGCCUUGUCAUAGAGCAAGCCGAUUUUCAAUGUUUAGAAACUCUCAGCCUCUUGAGCAAAAAUGUACAUCGGCGAGUUGCUCCACGACUUUGGCACUCCUUCACGAUUGCUACUCGUAUGCCCCCAUCCAGAUUGGUAGCAAGGCGUAAUAUAAACCAGAGGAUCUCCUUUAUAUCUUCUGAUAGGCGACUGCCAUACCUCCGGGACCUUCGAAUACAAAUAUGGGCAUCACUUGGAUCAGACGACGGAAAGGAGAGCGAGGAAACAUUGCAAAAAGUCUUUGGCUUGCUUAAAAGCACUAGCAAGCUCCAGUUUCUCGAAAUAGUCGCAUACAAUCACCAACCCCGCAUCCUCAAAGGGUUGGCAGAGCAGCCCGCCAUUACUCCGGAUCUAUCACAUUUCUUCCUGGACCUCGGACCUUUCUAUGACAUGCUCCAAAUAGAUCCAUUCUGGAAUUCCCAUCCAAAGAUAACCUACUUGAAGCUAUUCAUAUACCAUCCAUUCAACCUCCCCGAUGGUUCUUUACCAAACCUCGAUACGAUUCACAUCCUCCAUCCACAGCAUUCCUGUAUGGUGCGGGGCCGACCGGUGACGAGCGUUGACAUCCGAGAACUGUCAGACGAGCAAUGCACACUGUUUCUGGGGAAUCUUCAGGCAUCUACCAAGCCAAUUACCUCGCUCGCUGCCAGGUUUUCCGAGACCAGCAUCACCGCAUAUUCAGAGGUCCUUGGGAAUCUCCCUUCGGUCAGAUCGCUUCGUAUCACGCAGGAGAAAAUGCCGGAUAAGGGGCCAGACCAUGUCACUGCGAUGAUUGGCCUCGCAGCUUUGCGAGACCUUGAAUCUAUAGAAUGGGCAGGACUACGGGGCCCAGACGUGAAAGCGCAAGAACACUUCUUCGUUGCUUGCUCCAAAUAUUGCCCAUCCAUACGAAAAGUAACUUUCCAUUGGUGGGGCGGACAUGGGAGAACGUUCGAGCGGAAGUCCGCUGACGGGGAGUGGGAAGCCAUCCAUUACGAGCAAACUACUUGAUAUUGACGCGAUCACCAUAUUUAUCCUGCGCCUCAUUGUUGAUUCUAAGGAUUACACGUUGGUUUGAUUUUGCCUGGCCUAUGACGCCGCUGUAUCACAUAGUCGUUUGAUUUCCAUGUAUCAUAGCAGAUCACACAGUUGGUUAUACAGUAGAUCCUUGU